AUACCGCGACGGCGUGUGGCAUUUUCUGACCACACAUGCAAAGCCAAAAUCUUUCGUUCCAACGCCCACCAUUUCCAGUUUGGUUCUUCAAUUCGCGCUGUGGCCGCUCGUAGCAGCGUGCGUAUUUCUUCUUCUUCUUCCCAUGUAACGCAUUCCCACUCCAAACAAAUUUAUCAGAUGUCCUCCUCAAUCUGCUCGUCAAUUCGGGCAUUGCCGCCGCACCACGGGCGCCCCAACAACUCCAGAUUCGCAUUGUUUCAAUCCAAGAGAUGUUUAUGCUUCGCGCCUCGCUUCGUUGCUUGCUUGACCAAUGACGACUCUGUUGCAAUCCCCAAACCCUCGCCGCUGGCCUUCGAUCCUUCGGAGGAGUUGUACGGACUUGGCGUCGAUUUAAACCCAAGGUUUAGUAUCUGGAAUUCAGCUUCCAGCGCACCUGAACCCAGGUCCUGGUUUGGYCCGAAUGGUCAGUAUAUUAAAGAACUACCUUGCCCAAGUUGCCGAGGUAGGGGCUAUGCGCCGUGUACGGAAUGUGGAAUUGAAAGAUCCCGAGCAGACUGUUCCGUGUGUAAUGGGAAGGGUAUAGUGACCUGCCACCAAUGCUUGGGAGAUCGUGUCAUAUGGGAAGAGUCCAUUGAUGAACAACCAUGGGAGAAAGCACGCUCCACUUCUCCAUUAAGAAUGAAGGAAGAUGAUGAAGUUGAUAACYUGGAAAUAAAGCUGGAAGAAAAGAAGAAAUCAAAGCGUGUAUACCAAUCACCUUCUCCUGAAGUUGGAUUAAAGAUCAGUCGAUCAUUAAAMAGUCUCAAUGCCAAAACAGGUCUAUUUAGCAAGAGAAUGAAGAUUAUCCAUCGUGACCCCACUCUUCAUGCCCAGAGAGUUGCUGCAAUUAAAAAAGCCAAAGGAAGUGCUGAAGCAAGAAAACGUACUUCUGAAACUUUGAAAGCAUUCUUCAGCGAUCCAGAGAAUCGUCGAAAGCGAAGUGUUGCAAUGAAAGGAGUAAAAUUUUACUGUACAAACUGCGGUCGUGAAGGGCAUCGAAGACACUAUUGUCCCGAACUUAUUGGCAACCUCGAUAGGCGAUUCAGAUGUCGAGCAUGUGGAGAGAAGGGCCAUAACAGAAGGACCUGUAAGAGGUCUAUAUUGAGUAGUAAACCAAUCACUGCGACAAUGCAGCGUUGUUGUGGGAUAUGUGAUGUAAAGGGCCACAACAGGAGGAACUGCCCGAAGUCGGAUAGCAUGAAAUUGAUCAAUGGAGAUAGGAUGGCUAAUGAAAAUAGCAGAUUGAGGCAGUAUCAUUGUAGAAUCUGCAAUAAAAAGGGUCACAAUCGCUUCAUUCGUCCAUCCAUCAAUAUUCUGAGACAAACAAAUGGAGUACCCAAAGAUUUGCAGCAGAAAGAACCACCCACGAAGAGCAAACUGGCAGUGAAGAAAAAUGUGAUCCAUGGUAUCCUCAUUUUGAUUGCAAAGAACACAAAUGGAAGGAGAAAGAGCCCAAUUUGGACAUCUUCGCUGGAGUCUAUCUGCUGUGUUUACAGCUCGUUGACAGAUGCAAUAGUUCCGCAUAUUACUGUGCUGGCAGGGCUGUUUGCCAUUUCUCUUAAACCUGAGGCUGUGAUAGCAGAUUGCUGGUGUAAUGUUCAGAGAACUUGGGAUCUAGGCUUCCGAAGAGGGUUGUUCGACAGAGAAAUUGAGAACUGGAUGAGAAUGGUUCAACGUUUGGAAGCUUUUGAGAUAGGAGAUGAAACAGAUGUAGCAGUGUGGCCUUCGGACCCAAACGGACACUUCACUACAAAGUCUGCAUACCUCAAGCUAAAGGAAAAUCCUCCCAAAUUAAAUUCCUCUCUGAUAACAGGAAGGACCCUAUCCCAAAAAAGGUGA